AUGUCGAUGGCGGACGAGGCCGAGCUCGCCUUCCUAGAGGCGCAAAAGGACGAAGAGUACGACCCUUCAGCCGGCUACAAUAUGCCCGACGCGCCUACGGGCCAGGAAGAAUACGACCCAACCGCGACCUUUUCCGCACACUCAGAACAGUCUGGCUCCGCGCCACCAGAAUCGGGCGCCAAUUCUCCACCGCCAACUACCGAGAGCGAGCAUGGGUCGCAGUCCCAGCCUCCCCAGGCUCCUGCAGAGGCGUCCGCAGCGCCGCAGUCUAAGCGACCGCGCACUGUGGGUGGGUUUGUCGACGAGAGCGAGGACGAGGAAGAGGAGUCCGCUGCGCAGCCGCAAGAGGCGAAUGCUACACUGCUGAGAGCUACGGGAGACGCUGAGUCGCCUCAGCCUUCUUUUACAAACACACCAAACAAUACACUUCCCAACCCAGAUGUACAGUUACAUAGUGCACAAGACCUGGCUCCUGCAUCUGUUUCUGCUCCUGUCGCUGUCAAUGAGCCUGCUCCCUCUGUUGCUUCUCUUCCUAACGGCAGUACGCCCGUCCCAGACGCUACUAAGCCAGCUACCCCCGACGUCUUGAAUGUUGCUUCAGCCCGUCCCUCUGUAGCGCCAGCCACUCCGGCACCUACUUCUGCUUCUCUGCCAAAGGCUCGCCUUCCUCAGGAUCGAGUUGGUAUUCUCGAAGAUCGCAUUGCUGAAGAUCCGCGUGGUGACAUCGAAGCGUGGUUGAGUCUAAUUGAGGAGCACCGCAGGCGACACAAGCAUGACGAUGCCCGAGCUGUAUUCGAGCGCUUCCUCAAGGUCUUUCCUUCAGCAGGCGAGCAAUGGGUAGAGUAUAUUCAGUUUGAAACUGAACUCGACGAGCUGCCAAAAGUCGAGCAUCUCUUUGGCCGUUCGAUUCCUUCGGCUCAAUACAUUGGCAUAUACUCUGCCUACAUUGACUUUAUCCGACGCCGCUUCAAUCUCACCACUGACCAGAAUGGGCAGAAUCGCCAGACAGUCACCCAAGCCUAUGAGUUUGUCCUGAACUCAGUUGGUAUCGAUGUUCAAGCUGGUAAGCUAUGGCUUGAUUACAUCGAGAUGCUUAAGACUGGGCCUGGCGUUCUUGGUGGCAGCAACUGGCAAGAUAUGCAAAAGAUGGACACUUUGCGAAAAGUCUACCAGCGUGCCGUAUCAGUUCCUCACAACGCUACUCUAGAAAUUUGGCGAGACUAUGACAAGUUUGAGAUGAGCAUGAACAAAGUUUCGGGUCGCAAACAACUACAGGAAACUUCGCCUGCAUACAUGACUGCUCGCAGUGCUAUCAACGUUCUUGAAAACAAUAUCACAAGAGGUGUCAUCCGGACUACCUUGCCCAAACUUCCACCUGCUGCCGGUUUCGAUGGCUACGAGGAGUACAUGAACCAGGUCAAGUUGUGGAAAAACUGGAUCCAAUGGGAGAAGAGUGACCCACUCGAAUGCGCAACCGACAACCGUGAACUGUACAACAAGCGUGUUCUGCACCUUUACAAAAACGCCUUGAUGGCCCUUCGUUUCUGGCCAGAGCUAUGGUACGAAGCAGCUGAAUGGUCUUAUGAGAACAAUCUGCAGGCUGAAGGUGACAAGUUUCUCAAUGACGGCAUCGAGGCAAACCCUGAGAGCUGCCUGCUUGCUUUCAAGAAAGCCAGCCAGGUCGAGCAGCGUACCGACUUCGAAGAUGGCCAAGCUGGCAUCAUCGCCAAGGGCAGGGCUGUGCGGGAACCAUAUCAGAAGCUCCUCGAUACCAUUUACGAUCUUACAGCACAGGUCAAGAAGCGAGAGGAGCACUCUAUUGCGCGAGCAAAGGAGCAAUUUGAAGCUCAAAAGGCUGCCGACGAGGCUGCGCGCGCAAUCGCGCAGCAGAACGAGGACGCAGAUGACGAAGAUGAGGUCGUUGCUGCACGGCGAUUAAAGGAGAAGGAAGACGCCUUCAACAACCAGCUCCAAGCCAUGUCUGCCGGAUAUAAUGCCCAGACCCAAAACCUCAAGAAGACACUUACGUAUGCAUGGAUAGCGCUCAUGCGUGCAAUGCGUCGUGUUCAGGGCAAGGGAGAUCCAAAGGGGGAUGUCGGUGGCUUCCGUGGUAUCUUCACUGAGGCUCGCAAAAAGGGAAAGCUGCUCAGUGAGGCUUACGUAGCUAGUGCACUCAUUGAACAUCACUGUUACCAGGAGCCAGCUGCACAAAAGAUUUUCGAGCGCGGUAUGAAGCUGUUUCCAGAAGAUGAGCUGUUUGCGUUGGAGUACAUCAAGCACUUGAUCAAGCUGAAUGACUCAACCAACGCUCGUGCUGUCUUUGAAACUGUCGUUGGGAAACUGACAGCCAAGCCGGAAAACGUCCAUCGAGCCAAGUCCCUUUUUGCCUUCUUCCAUGAUUACGAGGCUCAGUUUGGUGAACUGGCUCAAAUCACUAAGCUCGAGCAGCGCAUGGCAACCCUCUUCCCUGAAGAUCCCCAGUUACAUCGCUUCUCACAACGCUUCGCAAGCUCAACCUUCGACCCCAUUUCCGUCCGCCACAUCAUCUCUCCCCGCACACAAAUGAGGCCGGUCAUGCCAGCAUCUAUGGCACCACGUCUUGCGUCUCCUGCCAUUGCCAACUCCCCUCACCUGAACAACCUUCACAAUGUCACCAACUCACCAAAACGCCCACUCGAGGAUGUGGAGGACGUACCACAACCCCGCAAGCUUGCUCGCGGUGAGUCGCCUCUCAAGGGUGCUGCAGGUCGCCGUCUCGAUGCUGCGCGCCGCAACCUCGCUACCGCUGGCGCUACACCUAUUGGACAGGCCCAAGGUCCACCACCACUUCCUCGUGGAAUCAAUUUCCUUCUCAGCAUCAUUCCCCCCGCACAUACAUAUAAGGAGACGCGGUUCAAGGCCGACGGCCUCGUCAGCUUGCUACGAGAUGUGGCCGCCAUUCCUGUUCCUCCCGGCCAGGCCAUACCACAACCGCAGCGUUGGGGGACCACGCCAACAACGGCACAGCAGCUGCAAAGCAUACAGGAGAAGUAUGGUAAUGGCGGGCACAUUCCCAUGCACGCAGCCAUGCCCGGUGCAAAUCCUUGGGGAACUUAA